AUGACACUCUCAACUCUACUGCUCUGUCUAUUGCCUUUCACUUCACAAUCUUGGAUGACAACAAGCCCAAGCUUACCAAUAAGACGAUCGGCCUUUCAAUUGAGCUACAAAAGCAGCAAAAGUGAUGACUCCAUUCCCAUUAUUGACGUGGAAGUGGUAGAAGGAAACGAUCAUUCCUUCAGUAAUAGAGCAAGCGCUCCCUCUUCUUCGUCCUAUUCCGCUCCUUCUUCUCCUUCAUCGCCCGCCGACUCUCACAAUAUGCGACGAAAUGAAAUUCUGAUUCCUGACACCCUGUUUGCGAAUGGACCACCUUCCUAUUCGCAACAGCAUCAGCAUCAGCACACCUCCUUUGCCACUUGUGACCAAAAUGGAGGAUAUAAUACCUAUGAAGGAGCCAUUCGAGUUAUGCAGUGGGAAAAGCAAGUGGGAGACACAAUUCGAGCUGGAGAGACCAUUCUUUACUGUGAGGGAGAAGAAUCAUUAAUGGGAGCUUCUUCCAAUAUGAGAGUAAUGAAGGAACUAAUUGCGGAACAAGAUGGUAUUCUUAAAGAAAUUCGAAUUCCUUCUGGACCAGUCUCUCUUCAUACAGCUCUAGGGAUCAUUGAGCCGCUCGAUAUCAUGGAUGUGGAAGUAGAGACUGCAUCUACACAAGAAUACCAGAAGGAGCAACAACAAAAGGCUGAGGCAGAAGCCGAGAGGGAACGAAAAGAGCAACUUCGGCUUGCUCAGGAGCAAGAACGCAUUCGCAAGGAACAAGAAAUGUAUCGACCCAAAAAGAAUUGGUACGAUAUGAAUGCUUCUGGAGAUGAUGAUGACACGUCUUCCUUUGAAAACCUUCAGAAAAAACGAUUGGACAAGCGCAACAAAAAGUUGGAACAGCUUGAAGUAGAAAAGAAGAAAGAGGAAGUUGAAUCUGUCUUGGAAGAAGGCCCAGUUAUUGACGAACUUGUUGCCGAACGAGAACGACUAAUUGCUGAAUACAAGGCUGAAGCCGAAAAGAAGGCAAUGGAAGCUCGCCAAAAGGCCGAAGAGGAAGCCCGUAAGGAACUAGAAGCCUUUCAGGAAGAAGCUCGACGAAAGUACAAGGUCGAGGCUGAAAAGAAAGCUGCCGAAGAACGGGAAAAGGCCGAGGAAGCUGCUCGUCAGGAAUUAAUCACCUUUCAAGAGAAACUGCGAUUGGAAACCGACCGCAAGACACAAGAAGCCAAGCGCAAGGCGGAAGAAGAAGCCCAAAUGGAACUCGAGAAGGUCAGAGCAUCCAUCUUGGAACAAUCCGAACUAGCCAAGCAAACCAUCCAGGCGGAACAGAAAGCCAUUGAAGCUCGAAUCAAGUCCGAAGAGGAAGCAAGAAAAGAAUUGGAAGCUUUUCAAGAAGAAGCCCGACAAAAGUACAAGCUUGAAGCCGAGAAGAAGGCUGCAGAAGAGCGAGAAAAUGCCGAAAAAGCAGCUCGUCAGGAAUUGAUUGCCUUUCAAGAACAGUUGCGAUUAGAGACCGAACGCAAGACUGAAGAAGCCAAACUGAAUGCAGAAGUGGAAGCUCAGAAGGAACUCGAAAAGGUCAAAGAUGCCAUCUUGGCCGAGCAGAAAUCAAACAAACAACUUGAAGCCUUUCGGGGAAAGGCCGAGGCCGCCGCUCGUCAAGAACUAAAGGCAUUCCAAGAGCAAGCCAAGCGCGAAGCAGAAGAGGCCAAGCGAAAGGCUGAACGAGCCAUGCAAAAGGAACUCCAACAAAUACGAGCACAAGCGAAACUCGAAGCCAAAGAAGCCAAGCGAAAGGCCGCAGAGGAAGCCAAGGCUGAGCUCGAAAAAGCCAAGGCUGCCAUUCUUGAGCAGACCAAAUUGGAAAUGGAGUCCAUCGAGCAAAAGGCUCAAGAAGAAAUCAAGCACAUGAGAUUGCAAAUUGAAGCACGAACGCAACAAGCUCGCAUCAAGGUCCAAGAAGAGGAAACCCAACAACGUGAACUAGCACUCUUCCAAGCCCAAGUCGAAGAAGCCAGGCGUCUUGAGCUACUAAGAAUGGAAGCCCAAGCCCAAGGUCUGGCCGAUGAUGUUGGCUUCGAUGAAAUGUACGAUGAUGACGACGACGAGGAGGAGGAAAUGGAUGAGGACAACUUUGACUUUCCCGAGUACAAUGCUCGACCUACCAACACUACGCAAAGAUACUCCCUUUUCUAUUGA